CACAUACACAUACGCCUGUAACUACUGUGAGCGAUCGCUAGCCACGCAUUUUGGAAGGACUCCGCCAGUCGUCGGCGACGUGACAUUUUCUCCGGGAAGUGACCCCCACACCAAAGACGAGCUCAACGAUGUACACAAAGCUUAUCCUUCUGUGCAUGGCAGCGGGUGCCUACGCCGGCGGACGCUUCGGUUUCCACCAUGGCGGAUUUGGUGGACCCGUCUUUGCUGCCGCAGCUGCACCUGUGGUCGCUAAGGUUGGCCUGGCCGAGCCCGUCUACCCUCCGCAGCCGUACACGUUCGGCUACGACACUGUGGACGAGUAUGGCAACAAGCAGUUCCGUAACGAGCAGAGCGACUCAAACAAUGUGAAGACUGGCUCGUACGGAUACACGGACGCCAACGGACUGUACCGACGAGUCAACUACGUCGCCGACGCUCACGGCUUCCGCACCACGAUCGAGACGAACGAGCCUGGAACGAAGGCCGGCGCUAGCGCCGACGCCGUCUACAAUGCCAACCCAGUGGUCAGCGGUCCUGUGGUCAAGGCCGCAGCAGCUUUCCUGGCGCCCACGUACGCCAAGCUCACAGUGCCGGCGUACGCGUUUGCUGGACACCACCACGGCUACGGAUCACGCUACUAGAUAGUUCAUGGUGCCAGGCGCCGUGUCCGAACUACAGAGUAAAGCCCGAGGAAGGUGUUGCCUGUAGAACAUCCCUAGUAGCGCUCGCGAUGAAUGGAGGCUCAUCCAAUUUUUACUUGAGAAGCCACGAACAGAAGAUAAUCCGUGUGCUCAUCCGCGGCAUCUAGUGUUUCUGAAAAACACUAGCGCAUGUCGAAAAAAAGUGCCCCGCUAAAUUUUCACUUUGUAGCGAACACCUGCAUUCGGAGUUCCGCUAAUGUCUCUAGCGGACUCAGGACUCGCCCGGACGGGUCAACCGUCGGUCUAGAUUGAUAUGCUAAGCCCGCCUGUAGUUGACACCACCACCGCCGCUAAAAAAUAGCUCAUCAGAUUCAGCACAACAUGACAGGGAAGGACACAAACGUAAAAAAAAAGCCCUAUUUUUGAUAGCAACUCAUCCCUAUUUUUGAUAGCAAGUCUUGUUUUAUUCAAAAACACAACUAAUGGCCGUAUCUAUUAAGAACUUGCCAGAGGCUGACACAAACUUGGCAAUGAACGAUGAAGAAAGAGGCUUAUGAGGCUGCAGGCAAAGCUUAUCACUCCAGAUAGCAAAAAGUGGCUUCAAUCGACGUAUGCUUUAAAAGAACGCCCAUAUAGAAGAAUAGUAUGAUUAAAUCUCGAGAUUAGCACUCUGUCUCAUUUCGAAUGAAUGGGAAAAAAGGAGAAACACAAGGAAGCCUAAUAAAUAACGGGCCUCCUAGAAGCGCCACGCUACUAAUUCUACUAAUUUACAGCCCUUCCAAAUAUCUGACUCUGUGGUUCUGACCGAGAUGAGCCUUUGAGAAAAAUCUCUUGUUUUGCUUUGUCAUAGCCAUGUGCGACAAUAUUCGCGCCAGAUGUCGGAACUGUACAGGGCUGUGUCGCUUGGCCAGGAGCUUUCGUAAUGUUUAACGCCUUGUCUCACGCAUCUCGUGCGGUGUUUCAGUCGGCACAGUCUUGCAUCAUGAUUUUGUUUAAGUAUGUUCGCUUUCAUUGUAACUACUUCAUUUCUGGCGGUUAUUUAGACUGGCCACUGGAGGGCUGCCUGCUCGGACGUCGUUUCUCGAAAACAGGGGUGUUCUGAAAAUUGCACCAGGAAGCAGGUUAAACUUCCUGUGUUUAGUGACUUUUGCUGCAUUGUUGGAUUUUGCGAAGGCAGCAACACGUUCCCCCGUUGGGAUAUUGAUGACAAGACUAAGUUGAAUAACUGGCACCACAUUGUAAAGGUAGCCAAAAUGAACGGAUGCGCUAAUUAUUAGACAUAGCUAAAAUUAUCAUAGCGCAACUCACGUGGUAACUUGACUUUGCACAAGUUUAAGUGAUUGCGAUAUUUUUUUUGUGCGUGCUGCAAAUUGCUCCCCCUUGGCAACAUAAUGAGCCAUAUGUCCUACGUUAAAAUUGUCGUGCAGUGUUUACGACAAAUGAGGACAAAAGCAUGUUGGGGUCGUGUUAUGUAAAGGUUCUUUUCAUCCGAUUCUAUUAGUUUGUUAUCACUCCUCAAAUGUAGUGGAUGAUGCCGGCGAUCAUUAUGACGUAGUGUCAUGCCAGCGAAUAAUGAAGGACAAGAAAAUUGGAAAAUGAAAACAAUCGUGGCAUUAUACGGCCCCUUCUCCAUUACUGUACUUUAUAAAUAUCGGACACGGUCUAUCAGGAUUGUUGUUACUUGCAAACUAAUUAGGUGGUGCCAAAUCCUACUUCAUAUGAAUGCUUGGGAAGGCUAAAGAUCUGUGGCAUGAAAACGUCUGCAGCACAGCACAAUCUCUCGUAGUUUGAGACAUGCGUCUGUCCUUUGAAAUCAUAUCUAUAGUCGCGCCGUGGAUAACAGUGUACAAAGGUCCUUCUAAGCCUCAGGUCUCCCAUUCUGGUGUUGGGUUCCUUUUAUUCUAUCUCGUAUGUACGACAUUUACUUGUCACAUGUCUUAAAGCAUGAUCGAUGACGCAACUUCGUCGCUGUUUUUAUUGCACGUCGCUUGCAGUUAUAGCACUUUGCGCAUUCUGUGUAUGCAGAGAGCUGACGUGACAAUGUACACUCAGCCACAGAAUUUAACGGAGCUCGAAAUCUGAGAAAAAGCUGAAUAUCUGCGCAUGCCUCACAACGCAGCCUAGUAUUCACAUUUACAGCCUCUAGCAGUACAUGGGAACAACAUUGUGAUGCUCGGAUUUACUGACUACUGUUACAGGAUGCUCGGAAAUUGAAUGUUUUCUCAGAUCCCGUGGUCCGUAAGCUUUUGUGGUUUACUGUAGUUCAUUAAACUUAGCUGCCGAUAUUUCCAUGAGCUCUCGCAGGAAUUUCCUUUGACAUUGCAAACUGCCUCAUUGAAAACAUCGUCACAUUUUUUUAGGUGUCUACGUGAUGUCAACGGAUGUUUUUUUUUUUUUAUGGGGAAUGAGGCACCCUUUAUUUAUUUGCAUUUAUAAAGCACUUUGUGAUAGUAAUAAUUCAUAACGAACACUCAUCGGUUCAAUUCCUUUUCUGGUUGUAAGAAUGUUGGAGUCUGCAUGCACGAGCUUCAUAAAUCUUAAGGGCUAUGCAGGGCACUCAAAGCAAUGCACAGAGUUCUGUAAAACAAAUACUCUUGAUUAUACAAGUGAGUAUAAAUUGAUAUGAACUGUUCGAGAAAGCUUGACACAUUUUUUAGAUGCAAAGCUCGUUUUCAGGUGUUGGGGACCAUGAAUUCUUUAAGUGCUGGCCUUUUUAUUCAGUGUUAUACCAAAGUCACUGUCAUUUCCCUGUACUCGAUAUGCUGUUUUGUUGUUGUGGCGCGUCUUCUUAUUUUAUGUGUUUCUUCCCUGGUCACUGUAUACGUCCUAGUCCUUGUAAACUUCCUUGAUGUUCUGGCUUUGUCUUAUUCCGGUGUGCAGGUAAUUGAGUUCCAAAUACCAAAAACAAGCCUUGGUAUUGGCGCUUGAGCGCUGCGAGUAUUCAUUGCUUUGAUGCCAGCUUUACUGAAAUAAAAAUGUUGGUCUUCCCGUU